AUGGCUAGACUGUCUUCUGAAGUGGCUAUUGAAGGAUUGAAGAAGCUUUUAAUUGAUAGUGAAAAGGAUGAUCAGCUGGACAAGGAGGUUGAGGCGAAAAUUGAGAAGCUGAUUUCUGAGUUGCAGGGGACAAGGCCCCAUGACUGUGAUCCAGUUAGAAGAAUUAUCGAUGGGUUUCAUCGCUUCAAGACCUGUAAAUUUGACAAGUAUCCAGAGUUGUACCGCGAACUUGCAAAAGGCCAGUCGCCCAAGUUUCUGGUUUUUGCAUGCUCUGAUUCCCGGGUUAGCCCCUCUCAUGUCCUGGACUUCCAGCCUGGUGAAGCGUUCAUGGCCCGCAACAUUGCUAACCUGGUUCCUGCAUUUAACCAGUUGAGAUACUCUGGAGUUGGAGCAAUAAUUGAAUACGCUGUGGGAACACUGGAGGAAUUUCCGGUUGCUAAUUACAAGAGAGUUUCACAGGUAGAAAAUAUCUUGGUCAUUGGACACAGCCGUUGCGGUGGGAUAGAGAGGCUUAUGUCUCUCCCGGAGGAUGGUUCCACUGCUAAUGACUUUAUAGAUGAUUGGGUCAAAAUUGCUUUACCUGCCAAGGCCAAGGUCAAAGCUGAGUAUGGACAUCUUCCACCUUGUAAGCAGAACCAGAAAUGUGAAAAGGAGGCUGUGAAUUUGUCACUGAUAAACAUACAGACAUACCCAUAUGUUCGAGAAAGGGUGGAAAAGAAAACCCUGGCACUGAGGGGUGGUUAUUAUGAUUUUGUUAAUGGGUGCUUCCAGCUCUGGGAGGUCAAAUCUAGCACAACACCACCUAUCGAUAUAUGA